AUGUCCGAUCAGCCGUUAACUUUACCAGUGUGCAGGCGACUGACGUACGCAGUGGGACAUUUCUUUAACGACCUCUGCGCGUCUAUGUGGUUCACGUAUUUACUGGUGUAUUAUCACUCGGUUCUCGGGUUCAAUGACACGAACGCAGGUGUGCUGUUGCUGCUCGGACAGAUCGUGGACGGGAUCUGCACGCCGCUUGUCGGAUACGAAUCCGACCGGAGGGCAGGAUGUGGAAAGUAUGGUAAAAGAAAGACCUGGCAUUUAGUGGGAACUUUAAGUGUGUUUGCCUCCUUCCCCUUCAUAUUCAACCCCUGUAUCGGGUGUGAUGAGAGCACCCCACAGAUGACGACACUCAUUUACUUCAUCCCAUUCAUGAUCAUCUUCCAAUUUGGCUGGGCUGCUACCCAAAUAGCCCACCUGUCUCUUAUUCCCGAGCUGGUCACAUGCGAGCACGCCAAAGUGGAACUAACGUCAUACAGGUAUGCUUUCACAGUGGUGGCAAACAUUGUGGUGUAUGCUGUGGCUUGGCUCUUGUUCAAUUUCCAAUCCCAACAGACAGAAGACCCAUCUAUUUCCCAGAAUCUGAGCUGGUUUGAUGUUCCCACAUUCAGAUAUCUGGCGCUCAUAGUAUGGGCCAUCGGUACUGUUACCUCCAUCAUCUUUCACGUGGGCACUAAGGAAGUCCAACCUCAGGAGACUAAAGAGACUGGACAAUCUCAGCCUCCAACCCAGACCUCCGGAGCCCUGCUCCAGUGGAAACACUGGUUCAUCGAGCCUGCCUUCUAUCAGGUUGCCAUAUUAUAUAUGUGCACUAGACUGAUUGUAAACUUGUCCCAAACGUACAUCCCGAUGUAUCUGACAAACUCCUUAUCACUGCCAAAGAACUACAUUGCAACUAUUCCCCUGGUCAUGUAUGUCAGUGGGUUGGUGUCUUCUCUGGUUAUGAAGCCUGUUAACAAACAGAUCGGCACCUCUAUGACCUAUUUUUUAGGUCUUGUGCCCAUAAUGGUGUUUUCCUUCUGGGCUUUGGUGGACACAAACAUGGGUCCGCGGGUUUACGGAGCCGCCGUGCUGCUGGGAGCUGGCUCUGCUGUCAUUCUGGUCAUGUCACUGUCCAUGACCAACAAUCUCAUCGGAGAUCAAACACAAAGCGGUGCUUUUGUGUAUGGGGCAAUGAGCUUCACUGAUAAGGUGGCCAAUGGACUUGGUGUCAUGAUAAUACAGGCUUUACAUCCCUGUCACACACUGGACUCUGACUGCAAAUGGUUCUAUCGAAACGUCAUGGUGAUCGUCACUGCCGGUGUGGCUGCCGUUGCUGCUCUCUGUCUCUCAACCAUGCUCAUCUGGCCCAUUGCAAUUCGCCAACGUCUAGCGGUCAUCAGAGGGCUGAUUGGUACACAUGAGGAUGAGACGAGCAGCUAUGGGAGCAAUGGAAGAUUGAACUGACACAUCCAGUGUUAAAAACUCAAAAUCACUCAACAUUCAGACCAGGCCGCGCUGCAGAGGAAACUUUAUGCUUUCUUUUGCAACCAGGAACAAGGAAGAUAAGAAACUGUGCUGCUCUGUGAUCACGAGCUCUUUUCUCAGCACUUUGGAGGUGCGAGUUUCUGCAUUGUUUUUACAUUCUCAAGAAGAGGCUCUUUGUGUG